CAACAAGGACAAACUUUAUGGUUUUCAAGGUUCACAAACUUAAUAGCUACGAGUUCGGUAGUUAGAUAUGGAACUUUAAUAUUUCUUGUAGCUUUAAUUAGUGUAUUAUAUUUUGCCACCACACAUCAAGUAAUGAAAACGUCAGGAGGAAAUGCAAGUGUUUAUAGUGAACGUAUGUUCGUAACCAACAACCCACUUUCACCUGAUAGUAACGGUGACAAUAAGAUAGUAUAUGACAAGAGUAAUCAAAUAGGUGAUAUCAAAAGUGUGAAUAAUAAUAAUGUCCUAGGAUUUUUAUAUGAUCGUGGAAAUGGUUGUUUCCGUUAUCCUAAUUUGAAUAAUACAAUAACAUCUGUUAUUCCUCCUGAAAUACCUACAAAUUUUCAAUCACGUAGAAUAGGUUUUAUUUUAGAUGAUUCAUCAUGUUCAUUAGAUAAACAAAUAC